AGUCACGCACCCGUGGCCAGGGAGGGGCCGGCGCGGCUGAACAUUAACCCCGGGGCGGCGUCCAGGGCUCCCUGGAGGCGCAGUCCCAGCACCCCAGAAACACACCUGCAAUGAGGGGGCUCCGAGUCCACUACCAGCUCCUGCCCGACCAGGACGAGGACCUGCCCAUGGGAUGCGAGGACCCAGCUGGAGAGGGACAGCGGGGCUGGGAGGGAGCCCCGGCAACAGCUGAGGAGGAGCCGUGCAGGCUGGUGCUGAGCACACCCAGCAGCAUCCUGAGCGACAGGGAGAUCGACGAGGGGAGGAUGCUCGGCCGGUCAGCACCGACUGAAGCCACCGUGUCCCAGCUGGGCCCCCAGCUGCCGCCGCGCUUGACGCAGCAGCCCUGGCACCUGCUCUACUCCACCGGGCGGGACGGCUUCAGCCUGCGGACGCUGUACCGGAGCGGGGCCCGGCUGGACGCCCCGGCCCUGCUGCUCAUCAGGGACACAGAGGCGCAGGCCUUCGGUGCCUUCUCCGCCAGCGCGAUUCGCAGCAGCAGCGGCUUCUACGGCACGGGGGAGACCUUCCUCUUCUCCUUCUGCCCCGAGCUGAAGGUGUUCAGGUGGACGGGCAGGAACGACUUCUUUGUGAAAGGGGACGUGAAUCUGCUAAUGGUCGGUGGGGGCAGCGGUAGGUUUGGGCUGUGGCUGGACGGGGAUCUGCACCACGGGGGCAGCCAGCCCUGCGAGACUUUCGACAACGAGACCCUCUCACACCGGGAGGAGUUCUGCAUCCAGGAUCUGGAAAUGUGGGGUCUGGCCUGACCCCAACAAAGACACCAAAUGAAAAAGGUGACAGAGAAGGAAGGAUUUGGACUGACGUCUUGAGCACAGCUGUUCCCUGACAGCACCCGCAGAGCCUGUGGGAUGCUACCAGCCCCACUCCCUUCUCCUUUCACCUGUUCCCUAUAACAUUCCGAUUUUAUGGGGAAAGAACAGCCUGUGGAGGCAGCAUGAUUGGAAAAAACAGCAGUGGGGUCUCAGGUUUAAGUUUAGUUGUGCUAUGCCACUGUGGGCCCAUGCACACACUCUGGGCUCUCCAGACACAUGGCAGCAAUACUCCAGGCCUAACUCUAACCCUAGCCCCAAGCCCAACCCACCUGGCUGGGAUGAGGCAGAGUUGCCCCAGGAAAAGGGCACAUGGCAGAGCGGGACACAGCAGGAGCCCACACGGAGAAGAAAGCUUCAAGAACAGUGAUGCCUGUAGGACUGAGCAAGCCCAGGCAGCCUCUGCACCCGGGGCCGGCUCUGGCAGUGCUGGAGACAGCACAGUGACCAUCCCUCAAUAAACUCCUGACCUCAUCCUCACUCUGGAAGCGUUGAACAGCUCUGAAGGUGUGCAGGGCCCGUGGUGGGGAGCAGGUUGGGAGCUGUGACAGCCAUGUCCUGUUCCAGCCUGGGCUGUGUGGCCACAGCAAGAGUGGGGGGUCACCCCAGAGUACUGCUUCAGGGACCCAUCCCCCCUCUGGCAUGUCCACACCCUCUGUCACCCUGUGAGGACCAGGGCUUCCUCGUUAGGAGGGGAUGACAAGAGCCUUUCCCACCCUGAGCUUCACAACCUGUUGCCUCUUGCCUGGCUGACAGGGUUUAACCUCUCAUUCCUGGAGGCUGAGCCAACUCUCCUCCUUGUCCACCACCCCUGUCCAAACAGCAGAACCAGCCCCACAGAGGGAUUCCAGUCAGGGAAGGUUCAUGGGGUUCCAUGGGAGGGCAAGGUUUGUCUGGUUUGACCACCUCCGAUGUAUUUAUUGUGGGAGCACAGCUGGACAUCCAGCUGAAGUAUCACCCCAUGACCUUAUGCCAGCUCCUGUCCCUAGAUCUGCAAUUUUGUGAGGCCUGGAUCCCAUGGAGCCCCAGCCUGCAGUGCUUUACACCCACCCACCCUUCCUCCCAGCCCUUGAGUACCCGUGCUGAACCUCACCAGUUGUUUCCCUGCUGAUUCCAUCUCCCAUGGCCAACCUGUGCCAUGCCUCCAGCAGCUGGCACUUCUUCCAGCAGCACACAUCCACACAGGCUGGGAGAUUCACGGAGAAAUAGGAGGGAAUGGAUUUAAGAGAACUGACAGGAUGGUGCAGGGCUCAGGCAGACACUACACUGACCAGCCCUAUUUUCAACACAACCCUUUCAUACCCCUUUUCUCUCUACCCUUUCAUUCUCCCUCCUCCUCCACCUGCAGAGUGCCACUGAUGCCCUCCACUGUUCCAGACCCCCAGUGACACAUACCUAGAGGCCCCUGCAGCCCUUCAGGGCACCCAACCCAAGGCACUCGGCCUCUGUGCCCUAGUGCCACCCAGUGCCCCCUGCUGAAAGUGGCUGCACAGCACAAUCCCCCUGGGGACCUCACCCUCAUGUCCAUCAGGACCCUUUCCUAUUCCCAGCAUUGCUUUACCCCUCACCAAUACAGAGCCCCUGACUUCAGGCCCAUUUCACGCUUCUGCCAGUAGCCCUGGGGUAGGAUCUCAGUCUGGCUGAGGCUGGAGGCACCUCUGGAGGUCACCUUGCCCAGCCCCUGCUCCAUCAGAGCCACCCACAGCCAGGUGCCCAGGAUGUGUCCAGGUGGCUUUUGAGUCUCUCCAGAGAUGGAGACUCCACCACCUCCCUGGGCACCUGCACCUGUGCCCGGCCACCCUCCCAGUGCACAAGUGUCUCCUGAGCUCGGAGGGCCCCUCCUGUGUGUCACUCUGUGCCCGUGGCCCCUGGGGCUGUCCCUGGCCCCGUCCCCUCUGCAGCCUCCCCCGGGUAUUUAUCCCCAGGGCUGAGCUGCCCUGAGCCUGCUCUGCUCCAGGCUGGGCACUCCCAGCUCUCUCAGCCUCUCCUCAUGGCAGACGUGCUCCAGUCCCUCCAUCACCUUCCUGGCCCUGGGCUGCAUUCUGGCCAGUCUGUCCCUGUCUCCUGUACUGGGCAGCCCAGCUCUGGGCCCACACUCCAGGGCUGGCCUCACUGGUGUGGAGCAGAGGAAGGGUUCUACACCUGCUGACAACACUCAGCCUAAGGCAGCCCAGGACAUCACUGGAACACUUGGCUGAAAGAAUUGUUGCACAGUUGCAAGCUCCUGGAUCCUUUCCUCUACACUGCCUCAUGGGUGGGUGGCCUCAACGCAUCCUGGUGAAGGGAAUGACCCUUUCCAGAUGCAGAACAUUGCAUUUCCUCUUGGUGGCCUUCAGGAGGUUCCUGCCAGACCCUUUCUGCAGCCUGGUAAGAUCCCUCUGGAUGCAGCACGUCCCUCUGGAGUACCAGCCACAUCUCCCCAUCUGCAAAUGCGCUGAGGGUGGAACCUAUCCACCAGUAAUGGGUCUCUGGAACUGGACCCAGCACCACCCCCAGCACCAGACUUGUGCUACUCAUAACGCCCACUGAACCCACCCUCCAGCCAGGCUUUGGUCUAGCCCUGCCUGCUCACCCAAACCCCAUCUGGCAGCUCACUGAGGCUGACACCACCACUGCUCUCCCCUCAGCCCCGGCAGAGUCAUCUCAACACAGGUGACCAGGUUGGUCAGGCAUGAUUUCACCUUCCCUUCCCCUCCCCAACAGCUGGAGCAGCAUCUAAGGCUUUCCUGGCCCCUGGGGGUGGCUGCUGCCCGGGCUGUGGCAGGGCCAGGCGGCUGCACCGUGCACAAGGAGCGGUGGGACCCUCCCUGAGCCCCAGCCCCACUGCCCGCGAGCAGAUGUGAACCAAGAACCUCUUCCAGAGGGAAGCUCUUCCACAGACAGCAGGUAGGAAUAUCCUGGCUGUUUGGAAUGGUACAGUAAGACCAUUUUUAAUAAAGUCCACACACUGCAAUUCUUUAAAAGAAUAGUAAAAUCAUUAUUUAUAAAUCUAUUCUUCAGAGAGGCUCAGAUGAACAUGUUGAGAAAAGAAAUGCUCUCAGAACUUAACAUUAAGUAUAAACUUUUGGUUUAACAUAAGCUUAACAUAUACUUUCCCAAGUAUAAAGUGCACAGUUAGUAACAAAUUAAAAACAAACCAAAUCAACAAGAACAAAAUAUAUCAAAAUGAUAUUUGAUCUUAUGCAGACAAGAGAGAUAAAUGCCUUUACUCUAUGAUAUUGUUUCUUGAAGAAUAGUAAGUUUUUAAAAAUUUUUAAAGAGGUCACAAGCCCUUCUAACCAAUUACCUGGUUCACCUGCAGGUCUGAAAUACUGUUAGGCAGGAACACCAGAGUUUACACGUUCAGACACAUGAGCACAGAUGCAUAGGCAGCAGAAGUAUACAGAUAGUCAUUUUCCCUCCCUCUAACACCAUCAGUUCCCAGGAUAAAAAGGGCAAAGGAGACAUGGCAGGAGUUCUGGAGUUCUCUCAUAACCUUUCCACUGGGUUAUUUUUCAGGACCUACUCUGGCCACCCACAGCUGACUGCCCAAGUCAGAUGCUCAACACCUCUCUCCCCAUUCCAGAUAUAAAGGCCACAGGUCGCUCCAAUCCCUGAGCAUUACUGAACAUUUUACUUCGCGUUUUUAGUUUUGUGGUCAGACUUUUUUAAUCUUUGAGGUUUUAUUUAAUGAAAGCAGCCUUCCUCUUACACCUGAGUAAAAGAUGAGAGGAAAAUGAUCUUCCUCGGUCACUUGUUCAACAGCACAGACAUUCAGAACACUCACACCAGUACUGCCAGUACAGGAAAACUGUAAGAACCCUCACAGAUCUAUAAGAGACAAAAAAAUGACACCGGGAUGGCCAUGAGAUCCAGGAGAACAGGGUGAGGAUACAAGAAUGGAGGGAUUCCUGAUGAGCCUGUCUGCCCAGUACAGUGUGAAGCAGAGCCAAGGUGCACUUGGUGCAGGAUGGGCAGAGCAGGGCAGAACCCUCCUGCCACUGCCCUCUCUACACACCUCAGCCCUGGCAAACACCUGGGCAGCUCGGCCUUCCUGCAACCACUCACACCACUGGCCUUUUGAGCAGUCUUUGCAGGACAGACAGUAAAAAAUAUAACAUUCCAUGUAUCAAAAGUAAACAGUAAAACAAUAAAAGGCUGCAUGGCACUGCAAUGCAUUGGUACUUCAGUAAAAAUUGUGGUCACUUGUAGCAAGAGGCCUGCACCAGCUUUCUGAAUACCAGACAAGUAAUCCUUGAUUAUCAAAAGAUUCCCCUCUCUCUUUUUUCUUUUUCUUUUUUUUUUUUUUUCCCUUCUUUUUUUU